GUCACUGACAUUCCGCGGAAUGAAGGCUUUCGUGAAAAGGCGAGAAAGGUAUAUAAAAGGGGCUCCUAAGUCGAGGAGGAAAGAAACGAAGAAACCGUUUCUAAUUGAUUCAGACGCCUAACUUUCCACGUACUUAAUUCAGGUUAUAUCUAUAUACCAUACUGGAUUAUAGCUUUUCAUUUCGACAUAAAAAGCUACCCGGUAGAGCAUUACACCUAUAGUGGCACAGAAAUUUAUCCUGUAUGGGACACUUACAAGAUCAGUGAGGCGCAACUUCAAUUCGCUUUGUUACAGAAACCGCGGCGAAAUUAUCAUUCUCGUGUGUGAACUGAGUUCCUAUCCAGAUAGGGUGGCGCAAAAACAUAUCUGAUAUGUGACGAUCAAACUGAAAGGUGGAUUUCCACUGUAGCGUAAUUUUUACGCGCGUAAAUAGAAUAGAGACAAUGUAUGGAAGGUCACGGGUAAACGUAAAAGAAAGAACCUUGCUCAACUUAUACGUUUACGCGUGAUCUUUCAUACAUUGCCGUUUCAUUUACGCGCGUACGCGGGUAAAAAAAAAAGCGACAGUGGAAAUCAACCUUUACAGUCAUCGUUGACCGUUAUCCCAGGUGUAUGUGUACAGAAGCUGUAUCCGAUACGACGUCCCUACCUGUCGAAUGCACCAUUCAGCAUUUUGAAAUCGAUCAGGUCCGCAGCGUCCUGUUGCUGUUAAGGUCUAAUAGUAUCACCAGCAGAUAAAUAAAAUUUGAAUCGCGAACGGAAAAUGCAAUCUGCAAAAUCACAAGCAACUUUCACAACCGUUUUAGCAUGGACGAACAAAAAGUUACUCAUUUGUUAUUCAAAAGCAAGGUACUAAAGUGUACAUAGACUGCGAGUAGUCGCUAAGAUAGGCUGGGACCAGGAUCCCCAGUGGAGGAAAAAGACAAAAAAAGGGGUCAAAUAGGAAAAAUAUCGGCGAGAGAAGCAAGUCGAGCGGCACACCGUAAUUUUUAGGGAGUUAUUAUAACUCCAAAAAUGGAGUAAAAAUUUUAGGUACAGGAUAACCCCUUUUUUGGGGUUAUUUUAACUCCUAAUUUAACUCCGAAUUUGGGGUCAUUUUUACUCCUGAAAAAGAGUUCUUUUUACUCCCAGUCUUGGAGUUAAAAUUACUCCGAAAUGGGGUUACUUGUACUCCUUACAGGGGUUGUUUUUACUCUUUUGGAGUUAAUUUAACUCUGAAAGUGGAGUAAAAAUUUUAGGUACAGGAUAACUCCUUUUUUGGGGUUAUUUUAACUCCUCAAUAUCUGGGGUCACUUUUACUCCUGAAAAGAGUUCUUUAAACUCCUUUUUGGAGUUAAAAUAACUCCACGAAAAAUAACUCCACUGUAAGGAGUUAAAUUAGCCCCACUAGAGGAGUUAUUAUAACUCCCUGAAAAUUACAGUGUAGCCUGCUUCAUAACCCCAAUUACGCGUCCCCGUUUGUUAUGAAACUUGAGAAAUUGCUUGGCAGCCAUCGUACAAUUUCAGAAGAAGCAAUCUGAUACUUAUACGUAUUCCAUCUUUUAGUAUAAUAAAUAUCAUGAAAUAUUCAAUAGCCUACAGAGGGGCAAUUAUAUGGAACCGUUUACCAGAAGAGUGCCGCAAAGCAGUAUCCCUCGGUAGUUGGUAUUCAUGAGCAGAAUGCAAUUAAGGAUAUUGAUUUUAGUAACCUGUACAGUAAGAGUUAAUUUUUAAAAGUAUUUUAAGAUUUUUUAGUGUUUAACUUAUUUUAAUCGAAAAUUUGUAUAAUUAUACAUCCUAUACACGACCCCUCAAGCUACUAAGCUUUAACUAUCAUCGUGUAUAAAUAAAGGUUUUGAUUGAUUGAUUUGAUUGUCAAUGACAAAAACACAUCAUUUUGUCAAACAAAUUUUCUCUCCCAAGAAUUACAAUGCAUAUCAAACGUUACAAACAACAAAAAAUGAACUUUGAAAAAUUGUUGGCUAACAAGUUUUCAAAAACCACAAUUGCAAUCCGUUUUGCUCUUCUUAAGUUUUCAUCAGCACUUUCUUUUAUUUUCGCUGUGUUAUUUAUACUGUACCUUCUUUUACUGUUUUAAGCGGUCAUUUUUUAUUUCACUCAGUUUGGUGGCAUAGUUUCCACUGUUUGAAUUCUUGGACCAUUAUACGUUUCUACGUAACUGCCUACCUACUCCUCCCCUAAGCCAACAUUAACACCUGCUUCUCACUUAGGGCAAAAUGUUGGCCUAGGGGAGGGGUAGGUGGGCAGUUUCCCUCCGUUACACAGCUCGUUUAAGUUAGAGUACGCUUUAUAACUAAGUUUUGUACCUUCUGAUCGUCAUCACUUUUACGCCUUUCGUCUUUCUCAGUGGACGUUUCUUGCGGCCUCGCUGCUGGUCAUCUUUGGAUGUCUAUUUAGCGUGUUCCAAACCCAAACGUCUCUUCUCAAACAGUCAACAUAUGCUCCUGUAAUCGUGAUGGGAAGCGGCAUGUCCAUCAUGUACCUCAUGACUUUAACAUUUGCAACGGAACUUACUGGAGAAGAUAAGGUA